UUCAAGCAAGCUAACAUGACCAGGGCAGGGAAGGAGGAGGCAGUGCAGUGGAUAAACAGCCACCAGACAAUCACACACCAGGCUUUAUGUGUAUAAUAAACAACAUUUUCUGAAGGGGAAGGAUAUUGGCUUCCUACGGGUGUCAGCCCCUUAGGGUGAGCAUUACUGCUUCACUCUAUCGUACAGCACCACUGAAGCAAAGCAAGGUCAGCAUCUGUGUGAAGUGCCUUGUUGACUACUGUGGUGGCGGGGCAGGAGUGCGCAGCUCAAGAAGAUGGCAUCACCGUUUGUGCCUGUCCCUGUGCCCAUGGACAGAACCCUGUCAGGUGGUAGCAACAAGCUGAGACGGCCACAGCGAGCUUCAUCUCUAGGCAGUGUCUCCAGCAGCUUGGAGGACAACGGAAGAGGAUGUGGAGGACUAGGUUCCCAGCGGCAAUCCCGCUGCAUGGACAGAGGCAGCCGCAGCCGGACGCCACCACCCCUCCAGAGCCCUGUGACACGGGCCAGGGUCAACGGGACUCUGGAAUCCUCUGUAGAAUACUCAAGCUGCCCUCGCUCCAUAUCAGAUCCUGCUGGAAGCCAGCAAGGCGAGGAGAGGCCCAUCACACCUACUGUGCUGGGUUAUGAAGUCAUGGAGGAGAGGGCCAAGUUCACGGUUUACAAGCUCCUGGUCAGGAAGACUCCAGAUGAGAGCUGGGUUGUUUUUAGAAGAUACGCAGACUUCUCCCGGCUCAACGACAAGCUGAAGGAGAUGUUUCCAGGCUUCCGCCUCUCGCUGCCUCCUAAGCGUUGGUUUAAAGACAACUAUGACAGUGACUUCCUGGAAGACAGACAGUUGGGACUGCAGGCUUUCUUGCAAAACCUGGUUGCACAUAAAGACAUUGCCAACUGCCUGGCAGUGAGGGAGUUUUUAUGUCUGGAUGACCCACCUGGGCCCUUUGAUAGUUUGGAGGAGAGCAGGGCGUUCUGCGAGACUCUGGAGGAGAGCAACUAUCGUCUCCAGAAGGAGCUGCUAGAGAAGCAGCGGGAAAUCACCUCCCUGAAGAGGAGGUUGGAGGAGAGGGAGCAGGCCAUCCUGCGACUGGAGAAACAUAUCAAUGGUGAAUGUGUGAGCCCAGAGUCUCCAUGUGGUCUGUCAGCUCAGGGCAGUGAGAGCAGUGCAGAUGCAGAUGUGGAGUCAUCCGCUGCGGAGGCUGACCAGGACAUGCCUGACGACACUGGUGGCAAGUGUGAGGUCCAAGUGGUGCGGUCCUCUGCCUGUUGGUGCGGGCCGUCGCUCAGCACCUCUCCUCCAGUCAUUCAGGUCACCCAGCUUUACCACCAGAAGCCGAAAAACUGACAAUCAACACUGGUCUCUUGCCCGUACGCCUCAGUCUCCUCCUCCCUUAUGUUGGAGUUGGAGUAUUAAAUACUUAUCCUGGGUUUUUCCUGACUUCUCUCCAACCUUACUACUCCCACAUCCCAUCACAACUUCCAUCUCCGCCACUGUUUCACCUUGCAAUUGGAUGUGAUGCCGCUUUUCCCUCAAGAUCUGUGUAUUGGGUGAAAAGGGAAAGCUUUUAUGCUGAAACAACGUGUUUCACUUAUAUUUAACCCUUGACAAUGGUCCAUGGAACAUUUUAUCUGACACCCAUGGAAAACUUCAGUCUGAAGACCUUGUGCAAUGUCCUGUAAGAGUUAUAUCUGCAACUACAUGGGUUUACUCCAUCAAACCUCAGACUAAGUUAAUUCUUUCAUAAACUGGGUGGGGAUUUCUCAGUCCUCCUUGUUCACUCUUGAACCUCCUACCGUGGCUGUCGGACUGGAUCGAUUUGAUCCUUCAGUCACAAAGCCAAAGUUUGGCUUCUUGACCAAAAGAAUAAGAUAACACCGAUGGUUUCAUGACUUCCACAACUGUGACAAUCUACAGAAAACCUGAACCAUCAUUUCAUCAGUUUCUGCAGACAAGCAUUGCCUUAUGGCUCCUCACAUGUGACGAGAGGCCCUCUUCUCUAACUGGAGAAACAUCGCCCUCGUGGUUAUUGACGUAAGAAAACAUCUGGAUAAAGUAAAUGUCUCAGGAUAAUUAUUGGUAACCAGGUGGGUAUAACAAAGGACUGAUAACUUGCUUUUCACACGUACAUCCAUGUCACUGUGUUGUACUGCCAUCCACUGUCAUUGGUGUAGACAGACUUGAGAAACUAACUUUGCAUCUAAAAGCCUACAUUCCCUCAUAGUUUUAGUGCCAUGCGUUAUUCGUCCUGCAAGAGGCAGUAAAAUAUGUAACUCUGCACCAAGAGAGAGCCAAGGAAAUGUGGCCUAUCAUUUUUUUGAGGAAUGUAAUCCUGUGUGUACACUAAUCCUGUCAUUUCCCAUUCACAUUGCAACAUUGCUUAUACACCUACACACAUGCAUUUGUACAUUACCAAGAUGGUUUGCUUCUAGGCACUGAUCAUACCAAUUUAAGUUAAGUGCAUACAUAAUUGCAACACUAAACCUCUCCUGGCACCUUGCCUGUUAAUAGAGUGUAGACUGGGCCUGGACUUGUAUCGGAUUCCUCAGGGUCUAUUGUGACAUGGGUUAUGAUGAAGGGAUCAGGCUAUUUGCAAAAGACACAUUUUUAUACUUUCUCCAUGCAGAUAGUCUAGCUUUAUGUACUGAAGAUUUUAAGAUUUCUGCCUCUAUUUUACAUUAAAUAGAUUCUGCUCAUGGUGCUCAAAUUAUUUUAAAUUACAUUUGAAAAAUUCAACAGCAACUUAUUCUUGUUAAUCAUGGUAAUCAACAGACCUGAUAGUUGAUCAUUUUAAAUGAAAUUGCUGUUGGAAAAAAUAGUUUCAGUUGACAGCGAGAUAUCCUGAGUAACCAUGUGACCUCCAUUGUAUUCGGGUGGUGGCAGAAGUUUGCAGAGCCAGAUGUCUGAAAAUCCCAGCAAAUACAGUAAAAUUAGAAGAUACCCCCAAAGAGCAAGUGACAAGGUCUUCGUAAUUUGGGUGAAAUUUCCCCUUUAAGAGACUUAUAAACAGUUGAUCAUUUAUUUAUUUUAAGAUGAACAUCAGCUUCAAGCAAGAAAUGCAGAAAGAAGCCCCCCCAUAAUACCACAGUGGUGCUAAUUUACCUGAUAAUAAUCCAGAAGUUAUGAGCUGAAAUUUCUGAAAGAAGGGAGAAAUGCAUAUAUUGAGAUCAGGGCCUGUCGAUUCAUUUUAAUAACACAGCCUUGCUUUUAAGAAAUCAAGGCUGGUAUUUAACAAAGAACUGUGUGACGCAAGUGACUGAUGUUGUGCCUUGUUGGCACUGUAUCAGCAUGAAGACUGUUUUUUUCCAGGCCUACACAUCAUGCCCAAAAGCCAUAUUCUUAAACCCAAAUAACACUUAGGGGGCAAAGGUUUCACAUGUGGUAGUGUGUGCUUACCAGCUGUUUUUUUGUUUGUUUGUUUUUCCCAGUCUUUGAUGAUGAGUAAUGAAGUGUGUCAACCACAGCUGAUGUUGAAUUGUCUCAAAAUAGGCCUGAAAAAGGCCAUGUGAUGCACUUUAUGGAUGAAUGGUAAUGCAUGUUUACUAGGAUAUGGUUUUUACUAUUUCAUUUGUUUAGACAGAUACGUGCCUUUUCAUUCACUGAAUCUUUUCAUUCCCAACUGGAGCUAAUUUGUCAACAUGUGGUUAAUGUAUAUGUUGUUUGGUUCAAGAUGUUUUUGCUCUGUAAAUUCCCUUCACACAUUCAAAGUGCCUUGAAUAUCUUUCACUUAACUUUUCUUUUGAUGUGUGUGAAUAGCUUUAUAGAGGUGUCGGACAUAAAAUAGUUUCACCAUGUUCCUCUGAUGGAAAUAAUGUUUUAAAUGACACUCAUGUUUAAGUCAUUGCUUGGAAAUAGACCGAAUGACAUGUUUUUGUAAUAGUACAUAAAUUAAUAUGGAGUCUUAGUUCACAUAUACACACAUAGUUGCACUAUUAAAGAUUUAUACAAAUAACAUUUGGUAUCACUAUGAAUGCCCUGGAUUUAAAGGGAUAAUUCACUGAAAAACCUGGUCUGAAAUGAAUACUGUAAAUACUAUAACACAUGCUGUAGCAGAGAUGUUUAUCAGAAAUAUUUAAUUCACAUGCAAUUAAACCUUGAAUGGU